UAUUACAGUAUAGUACGGGACUUCUCGUUCUUAUAUUUUUAUCAGUAGCUAAUAACAAUAAUAAUAUUAUCAAUUGUAUCAUGGUCGCCGGUCGGUAGAAGAUAAAAUGUUCACGAGCGUCGAGCAUUUAACAUUCUAUUAUUUUAACGCAUAUUAUUUCACGUGUUGACGUUUGCGUUUGUUAUUUUAUUUCAAUUCACUUUUUACAAACAAAAAAUAUGACUAUAAACCGAUAUUUAAUAUAUUUUUCAUAUAUUGGAACUAGAUUUCGCGGAGUACAACGACAAUUGACUUAUGAUAUGCUACAUAAUGAUGACCCAUCUUCAGUACAAGGAUUAUUAGAAUAUGCUUUAAAGCAAUUACAACCUCUAAAUACUCCAAAAUUACAUAUAUCAAGCCGGACAGAUCAAGGAGUUCAUUCGUUUAAGUCAUCUGCUCAUUUAGAUUUAGAACUACCAUAUCAAUGUCAUCCCAACAAACUUGUAUUCCAGGUGAAUAACUUCCUAAGCUCCUGUGAAGUUCCUAUUAAGCUAAUUGGUGCUCAAAUAGUUCCCAAUGAUUUCAAUGCAAGAGCAUGCGCCAAGUGGAGAAAGUAUUUAUAUCGAUUAGCAGUACUCAAACCAGAAUUUAAAGAUCUAUAUACUGAACGAUUUGUGUUUCCAAUUCCAAUUACAGAAGAGAAACGUUGCUAUUUUAUUCAUACAAGUACUGAUUUUGAUGUAGAACUAGUGAAGAAUGUACUACCACUAUUUAUUGGAACUAAAGAUUUUAAAACAUUUAUGGGAAAAUCUGGAACAAAUACUGACCUGAGUACAAUACGCACAUGGAAUAAUAUUGAAAUAGUUCCAGGGCGUUCAUUUUAUCCGACGGAAUUUGACAAAUAUUAUAACUAUUGGGAUAUUCAUGUUGAUGCAAAAUCAUUUCUUUACAAACAAAUUAGACGUACUGUUGGUAUACUUAUUAAAGUUGCACAAAAAAUAAUUACAUAUGAUGAUGUUAAAUACAUGUUUAAUAAUCCAUCGAUUGAUAGUUGGAAUACAAAAGUUUCAACAGCACCAAGUCAUGGCUUAUAUUUGUACGACAUUGGAUAUGAUGAAAAAGACUUAACUUUACCAGUAGAAAACAAUCAAUUGGAACAACCAGUUCAAGAUGAAAGUCCUGUGGAAAUGACAUUAGAUUUAAAAAAAGAAAUAGUGAAACAACGUAUAGAAAAUCGAAGAAUUUCACUUGCAGCCCGUACUGCCAAGUCGAUUGAAAAGAUUAAAAAUCAUGAGCUUCUUAGAUCAGUUAAAAAGUAA